AUGUCUCUCCUUCGCAACGUCCUCAAGCGCAAUCAGCAACAUGCGGAUUCCGCAUGUUCGCCGACCGAAGAGUCUGAGAUCGGCAAAAGCGGAGUCAAGGAAGAGGUUGAAGCAGUGGAGGUCACAGCAGUGCACGUAGCGGAAACAGCCACCUUCCAGGAAGCUCCAGGGAAGGCUUUCAAUCCGUUAUCAUCCAAGCGCAGCCUCAAGAGCUACGCGACGUCCAUGAGCAAACUGUCUGUUGGGAAGAAAGGCAUGAAAAGCUAUGCAUCUACGAUUCGCUCUUCGGGUGGACGCACCAUUCGGUCGCUGGCGGAAUCUAUGAUGAGCUUCUACAGUUUGAUGACCAUGGGUGGGACAAGGAUGCCGAAACGACGCAGGCCGGAACUCUCGACUCUCGGAGUCCCGCUCUGGUAUGAAUCGGACCCACCGCCUCCUCCGCUGAUGGAUGGAACGGGGGAAUCCUCUACCAUUCCUGCGUACUACAACAGAGAAAUUUCCGCAAAUUUACAUGCGAGAUCCGUUGGGGAGCAGCCAUGGCUCGGACUGGUCGUUUACAGUCAUGCGCGCCCCGAAUCGGUCAUGCCGAUGUAUCAUAACGCUGCAAAAGUGUUGGGUGAAGUGCGGUUGAAAGUUUCGCGUAAGAUGCAAAUCAAGAGCAUCGACGUCUGGGUCGUCAUCAACACAGACUCAAUUCUCGACUUUUUUUCUCCGCCCCAUCUGGCCAUAAAAACUACCGUGUGGAACCGAGCGAUGGGUGAUCCAAAGAGACUGAAGAUAAAUGUUCAAGCCCCGCGAGCUCCCAAGCCAGAAUCAAGGCCCACGACCGAGAGCGGAUCGCACAAAUGGCAAGGAAAGUUCCCAAAAGGAACGUUCGUCUUCCCGUUCGCAUUUCCUGCACUUCCCGCCGAUCUCCCAGUGAAACACUUCGACGACACAAAGAAGAGCAAUCUCAGCCGUGUUCCCUUGCCUCCAUCCCGUGCGAUCCACAUGGUCGCGGGCUUCUCUGGUUCCAUAAAAUACACAGUCGGCAUCAACAUUGAUUAUGACAAGGUCGGAGAGCCAGACGAAGAGUUCGACAUGCCGAUGCAGUACCUUCCCCUGGCGAAACGUAUCGCUAAAGAGCAUACGCCCUUUCCGUACCUUCCGACUCGAGAGGACUGGCCUUUGCGCAGAGAAGUGAUCGGCAGCUGGCAGCUUACCCCGUUCGGUGGACGGGGCCGACUCGGCGAGGAGAUGGUCGAGAUGGAAGGCAUCCUCGGGGUGCAGCUCCCAGCUGUCGUCACCGCAGGCGAUGUGGUCCAGUUCUCCAUCCUGCUGUGGUCCAAAAACGCACUGGUACUCGAAGCGCUCGGCCAGCCCGGCGCGGUCGAAGUAGCGUUUCUCAGCUCGGACAUGUUCGCUGGGAAUGUGAUGCAUCCCCGGACCUCUUCGCGGAAAGACCGCUAUCUCGGACGGCUUGGGUAUGGUCGUGUCUGGCGCACGGAAGAUGGGAGACCUGAUGACGAAGCCCUUGUUCCCGAGAUCAAGAUGGUUCAGCUGCCGGAUCCAAAGGCGCCGGGAUCGCUCAAAAGUUCACACCUCGGGUCUCACACGGUCAAGGGCACCCAGUCAAAGCGCGUGAAGGAGGUAUCAAUCACGGAUGGUGCCACUGAGGAGCGCUUGACGUUUACAGCUCAGGAAGAAAGGAAAUCCGAGUUUCCAGCCAGUCCCAACGACGGCAAUGCUUUUUCGGAGGAGCAUAUGGCCACCUUUUCGACUGAGGAAGACGGGAAGUCGAACGAGGAGUCCGCUGCUGGCGGAUCGGAAGCUGCGGCGGUGCGUGCCUUUUCACCGACACCGACGACCGAGGAGAUUGGCGGAGAGUUCGAGGAGACAGAGGAGCCUGACCACUUCCUGCGGAUGGAUGGCGAGAUCAAGAUUCCAGCAUGCACCCAUCCUAGCUACCGGUUCCCCAACAUGGGUCGCGAAUACCUCGUACACCUGAUAUUCAGCCACCCUCAAUACAUGCACAUUUCCCCCAAUGCUACGGGAAUCCUGGCUGAGUUCCCGGUGUGGUACGUCAUUGAUAGGUUCAAUUACCUGGAGUCAAGUGCGACAACGCCGAGAUCGCGCCAGACGUGGAAUCAACUCAACGCGCUACCGCGCUCCGGGGCUGAGGUGCUCAUUGACGAUAAAGCUUUUGUGGCGCCGUUUGCGGAGGGGGAAGUGACCACGGAGAGGAGACCCACUGCGAAGUUCGUACAUUACUUCGCGUUCUAA